UUUUCCAAUUUCCAGAGUCGGGUCAGUCGGGUGUUCGGUUCCAGUUGUGAGUGCUCGUGAAUAGUCUUUUAUUCUCUGGUUUAAUCCUGAUCGUACUUUAGGUAUCAGGUGUUUCUUUUUCUUAUCAUUUCGCUAAUAAUAACCAUAUUACAAGAAAAAUGACAGAACCGAUAAAUGUCGUAGUUACUGGUGCUGCUGGUCAAAUUGCGUAUUCUUUGCUGUACCAGAUUGCAACUGGUACAGUUUUCGGUCCACAACAACCUGUUAAUCUCAGAUUAUUAGAUAUUCCACCUAUGAUGAAGGUAUUGGAUGGUGUGGUUAUGGAAUUAGAAGAUUUAGCACUUCCUCUUUUACAAGAAGUUUUGCCAACGGCUGAACCAGCCAAGGCCUUCAAUAACAUAGCAGCUGCUUUUCUGGUUGGUGCAAUGCCAAGAAAAGAAGGGAUGGAACGUAAAGAUCUUUUGGCCGCAAAUAUAGAAAUUUUCAAGGUGCAAGGCGAAGCAUUGGAUAAAUAUGCUCGCAAGGAUGUUAAAGUGUUAGUCGUAGGUAAUCCUGCCAACACUAACGCGCUUAUCUGUUCACAUUAUGCACCAUCUAUUCCGAAAGAAAAUUUUACAGCGAUGACUAGAUUGGAUCAAAAUAGAGCACAAGCAGCAUUAGCUGCGCGAUUAAAUGUACAGAUGGAUAAAGUGAAGAAUGUCAUUAUUUGGGGUAAUCAUAGUUCCACGCAAUAUCCUGAUGCAGCACAUGCAACUGUAACGCUUUUAUCUGGCUUAAAAACAGUACCAUCUGAGAUAAAUGAUGAUGAGUGGUUGAAUAACACUUUCAUCGAAACAAUUCAAAAACGCGGCGCUGCUGUAAUAGCGGCUAGAAAAAUGUCUUCUGCCAUGUCUGCUGCUAAAGCCGCUGGAGAUCAUAUGAGAGAUUGGUGGUUUGGUACUAAACCUGGAGAAUGGGUUAGCAUGGGUGUUGUAUCUGAUGGAAGUUAUGGAAUUCCAAAAGAUAUUGUAUUUUCCUUUCCUGUCAUUAUCAAGAACAAGCAAUAUGAGAUAGUGCAAAAUCUUCCAAUUAGCAACUUUGCACAGUCAAAGCUGGAUAUUACAUCUAAGGAAUUAGAAGAAGAACGUGCUGAGGCAAAUAACGUACUAAAAAAGUGACUAGUAACAUCAGUGUCAAAUAGUGAGAUGCAAAAGAAAUUUCUGUUAUCAAAAUUGUAAAAUAUAUAAUUGUUCUGCAUAAUCACAUAUACAUGCAUGUAUGCAUACGCACACACACACACACACACACCACACACACACACACACACAGUGUCUGAAAGAUUGUAAUAAUGCUUGGUUAAUAUUAUAUGCAUCCGUUUUUUGUUGUAUGACAAAUUUUUCAAGCCUGUUGAUUGACUGUAAGACAAAAAGAUCCAAGAUUCUCUCUAUCUUACAGCCAAUUAACACGUUUGAAAAAUUCAUUGUAUGACAAAAAACGAACGCAUGUAAUAUUGGCCUAAAAAUAAAUUUCUGAAUCAUUUUAAGGCAAAUUCUAAUAUCAAAAUAUCGAGACUAUAAUAUUUUUUUUAAUAAGCAUUUAAAGUUGAUAAUCGUAUAAAGUCAGCGCGUUUAAGUGUCGUUGGCAUUUUGCGUUGGCACUUACCCAUAGAAGGGACAUAUUGUAUGCAGUUAGUAUAUCUUUUUAAAUCUACCCUCUCCGUCUACGGAUUAUUCAUAGAAGAAAGUUACCAACUGUGAAACGCUAAACAUAGGACGAUAUUCAUUGUCCGUUUUUAUUUUAAAACUUAAACGUCUUAAGGGGAUGCUGGAGUUACCAACGGAGCGUUAUUUCCUAUUUCUCAAAUAAUAUCAUUUUUCUUACACAGAAUGAAAAAUCCUUCUUCAGAAAAAGAAAAAACACAAAUACUUUCGGAAAAGUUCAAACCGGCAUGAAAAUCCACAAAAAAAUUGUAAAUUACAAUUUUCUGUAAUCAUGUUGGUUCUUUCUCCACAUAUAUAUAUAUAAAUGAAUGCAA